AUGACACUUCCUUCCAGACAGAGUGCCCAAUUCCUCCGCCGCCUGGUAGGGACUAAGUUCACUACCUUUUCUGACUUCGAUCCCCUGCAACAGCCGUCUGAUGUCUCCUCUCCUCCUGCAGCCUCUCCUCCUGCAGCCUCUCCUCCUGCAGCCUCGCCCCCUCCGGCCUCGUUUGCUACGGACUUCCUCGCUUCGGCCUUACUUACUACGGCCUCCUCCGCUACGGCUCCUACCCUUUCUACCUCUGGUCCGCCUCCUCCUAGGAUCGGCCGCUCGUGGACCAUCACGGCAAAGCUCUCGGAGAGGGCUGUUCAUCUCGUACAGGAAGACGUCGACAAGGGCGUUGGGUCUCCUAUGACAGUUGGCAGGUUUCUAUGCCAUCUAGAGGAGGAUCCGACGCAGGUAGCGUUUAUGCGAAUGUAUUAUCAGAUUCCUAUCACUGGGACGGAGGACGCUGAUCUGACUACACUAUCCCAACAAAUCCAACCCCAUGAGGUGUGUGGUGAACUAGAGGCGUUUAAGCAAUUGAUGAGUCGAGGCUGUAGCUCUGUUCCACGUUUCCUUGGUUACUGCGAAAAAAUGCAAGGGGAAUAUGGUCUCGUUCCUGGUGGCUAUGUUAAGUACCUCGUAUGGGAAAAGGUGCCUGGGGAGCCUCUUACAGAAGAAUUUUUCUGGAGCUUGGGUCCCCUUGUACGAGAGGAAAUUCGUGCCAAAUUUCGUGUUGCCUAUGAGGAGAUGCUGCGUUGCGGUAUACAACCAGAGCAGCCUAGAAUCUCGAAGAUCAUCUAUGAUCAGUCCACUGGCAAGGUUCGCAUUUCGGGGUUUCGAAUGGGAUGGCCAAUCUGUGAUACAAUUCAAUGGUCAGACACCCUUUAUAUCUCGUACGCGCUGGCUAAGCCACGCGAUGAUAGGAACUGGCGUUCUCGCCUGAAGGAUUGGGAGUUAUAA